AUGCUUACACAUUUCGUGCUCGCCUUCUUGGCCAUUUUCCUGGCUUAUCUCUCCACCAAACUUCACUACAAGCGAUACAGACAAUACGCAACGGUUCCGCAGAUAUCCACAUCUCUACUGUGGGGGCAUCUGAAGGCCUUUGACAACUUCAGCAAACAUGGUCUCAAGAAUCGACAUCCCGAUUUGGUUUUCUCGGAAAUACGAGACACGUUGGGAAAGCCACCGAUGAUGCUGCUUGAUCUUCGGCCAGUCACUUACCCGAUGUUGCUCAUUUCAGACCAUUUAAUCGCAGAGCAGGUCUCCAAGGGGACCAAAGUCUUUCCAAAGACAUACUUGAUAACCCUACUCCCUGGCAUUCUUGGGAAGAUUCCAAAGUUUAUUGAACACCUCGAUAAUUAUGCCAGCCGGGGCACCGAAUUUUCCCUCGCUUUUCUCAUCAGCAACCUCAUGUUUGACAUAAUUGGGAUUGUUGUAAUGGACAUGGACUUGGAGGCACAACACGAAUCUUCUGGUCAAAGUGAGUUCAUUCGACUUUACCGCGAGCUACUUCUCACAUACAUCAACGAUCCUAUGGAUUCACCUUCGUGGUUGGUUCCCAGGACCGAACUGAAGCGCCGCCGCCUCGGAGCAAGGAUCAACGCACUUCUUACGGAUGUCGUCCAUAGCAAGCAUGCCGCGCAGCAGGCGGAAAUACAAGGGAGACCCACAACCAAGUCACGCAGCGUCCUCUCCCUCAUCUUGCAAGACACAGAAACCCUCACCCCUCAGCUUGUGAACGAAGCUUGCGACCAACUGAAGACCUUUUUGUUUGCCGGACAUGAUACCACAAGCAUCCUGAUCUCGUGGAUUUUCUACGAGCUAUCCCGGACACCACGCGCCCUUGCUGCUGUUCAAGCCGAGCUAGACUCAUUCCUUGGGAAGGAGACCGAGCCUCGCAUCGUACUUGAGCGACUUCUGGCAUCUGGUAAUGACAUCAUAACUCGAAUGCCGUACACAGCUGCCGUUGUGAAAGAGAUCUUGCGACUCCAUCCCCCCGCAAGUACGGCACGAAUGACGAAGCCUGGGACAGGUUUCAAUCUGCGUACUGCCGAUGGGACAGAACAUUGUGUCGACGGGGCGAUCCUAUACAUUUGCCAUAGCUUAAUCCAUCGCGACCGAGCUGUGUACGGGGAUUCGGCCGACUCAUUCAUACCCGAGCGGUGGCUUGAAGCGACGGAGUUAUCAAACAAAGACUUCGCGGCGGCAGCAAUAUGCAGAGCACAGGCACCGGUCAGUGCUUGGAGACCAUUUGAACGAGGUCCACGGAAUUGUGUCGGGCAAGACUUCGCCAAGAUCGAGGCGCAUGUCAUUGUAGCCGUUGUUGCACGCCGCUACGACUUUGUCAAAGUCGGUCUCGGAGAGACUGUCCUUGACGAUGAUGGCCAACCAAUCAUGGGGGAAUCUGGUCAGUAUAAAGUCAAGUCUGAGCUUUACAAGGGGCGACAAAUUACUGCUAGACCUGUGGACGGGAUGACGAUGAGAGUGCAGCUUAGAUCAUCCCGAUAA